UUUCCUGUCCAGCUGUCCUCAGGUUGCGUGGGCUAUGGCUUAACUAAUGACACGUGGAAUGAUACAGGUACAGCUACGUCGAACCCAGAAAACUGUUUUGAUCUUCUUCAGCCAAAGUAAUAGGAGUGCCGGUCUCUUUCCUUCUCGCUCCCUUCUGCAAGCUGAGUUACGGUAAAGAUGUAUAGAACGGCGGCUAAGCGGCUACUCUCCGGUGCUACCGUGGGUAAGAGUAGCGUCGCCCGUCUCAGAUUCCUUAAUCUCCAAACAAUCGGUACCGGUUUUCGCUUUUGCACCUCAGUGAAUCCUCAAUCAAUCUCCAAUCAAAACCCUAAUAAUCAAAAUCAAAUCCGAUGUCUGAAUGUGGAGGCCACACCUAACCAAUCAGACUCAAACUUGUCAUCAUCUUCAACGUCUUCGUCUUCAAGUGGGUCAACAUCAUUUACGGCUGACGAUGCCGGAUACGGUCACCACCACCAUCGCCAGCAGGAGAGGCGGAUUCCGAGAGUUGAGUACCAAGAUGAGCAAGCUCGCGUUCUUCAGGCUUCCUUUCGCCACGUGAUAAGGUUGGGAUGGAGUGAAGAAGCCAUGAUUGCUGGUGCAAGGGACGCUGGUGUCUCCCCUGCUAUCAUUGGAUCUUUUCCUCGAAAGGAAGCCGCACUAGUCGAGUUUUUUAUGGAUGAGUGCUUACAAAAGCUUAUUGAUCGAAUUGACUCUGGGGAGGAGUUACAAAAUUUGGUACCUAGUGAACGCAUCUCGAAGCUUGUUAGGAUCCGACUAGAAAUGCAAGCUCCCUACAUUUCUAAAUGGCCCCAAGCUCUGAGCAUCCAGGCACACCCAGCAAAUGUUCCAACUAGUUUUAAGCAGCGUGCAAUACUGCUUGAUGAGAUCUGGCAUGCUGCUGGUGACGAGGGAUCUGAUAUCAAUUGGUAUGUAAAGCGCACUGUCCUGGGAGGGAUAUACUCAACAACUGAGAUUUACAUGCUGACUGAUAGUUCCCCAGAUUUUCGUGAUACAUGGGCAUUCUUGGAUUGUCGAGUGAAAGAUGCUUUUGAUUUCAAGAAGACAAUUCAAGAGGCAAUGUACUUGGCUGAAGCUGUUGGUGCUGGAAUGGGGAAUUCUUUGCAAGGUUUUGUGAAGGGAGUUUUAAAGGGUUGAAUUCUUUGCUCUUGUUGCUUCCGAGGAGGUAUCAAAACUGGAGGAGAUGCCUUUAAGUUGUAGUACUUUUCCUGAUGCUGCAAAUGCUUUCAAAUUUUUGAAGCCUGAUUUCAGAUAAAGUUCUACUCUCAAGUGCUCCACUGCUAAAGAUAAUACCAUUUGGCAAAUUGUCUUUUUCCCACUGAUGGUUCUAUCCUUUCAUCUACGAGGUUAUAAGUGAGAAUAAGCUUAGUACGAAAGAAUAUUUGCAUUUAAUUUGCAUGGAAUUAAUUAGGAAGCAAUUAUGGUUGAAUGACAGUGAAAUUGAUAUAUCGAAUUUUCAUUUACAUUGGCUCUACAAAUAAGCAAUCUUUUAAA